AAGAGGAGGUGGAGGAGGAGGAGGGGCGCGCAGAGCCGGGGAGGUGUGCUCCGGGUGCGUCGGAACAGCACGACUUUCCAUCCCUGCAGUCCCGCUCUCCUCCCCUGUCCCGGAGGGCGCCCAGCGCGGCUCGGGCGCUCGUUGGCCCCAGCCCGCCCCCAUGGCUUCUCCGGACGACCCUCUGCGUGCAGAUCAUAUGGCAAAGGAGCCAGUGGAGGACACAGACCCUAGCACUUUAUCCUUUAACAUGUCAGACAAAUAUCCCAUUCAAGAUACAGGACUCCCUAAAGCUGAGGAGUGUGAUCCAAUUACUUUGAACUGCCCAACAAAUGCUGAUGUGCAGCAUCAGGGAGAAGAAAAUGGCUUUCCAGACAGUACUGGAGAUCCCCUUUCAGAUAUAGGCAAGGACAAGUCCUGCAAGGAGAACUGUCCUUGUUCCUCCUGCUCGCUCCGGGCCCCCACCAUAAGUGACUUGCUCAAUGAUCAGGACUUACUAGAUGUGAUCAGGAUAAAGCUGGAUCCAUGUCACCCAACAGUCAAAAACUGGAGGAAUUUUGCAAGCAAAUGGGGCAUGCCCUAUGAUGAACUGUGUUUCCUGGAGCAGAGGCCCCAGAGCCCCACCUUGGAGUUCUUGCUCCGGAACAGUCAGAGGUCGGUGGGCCAGCUGAUGGAGCUCUGCAGGCUCUACCACAGGGCCGACGUGGAGAGGGUCCUGCGCAGGUGGGUGGACGAGGAGUGGCCCAAGAGGGGCCGUGGAGACCACGCCAGGAACUUCUAGACCUCUACUCCUUCUUGUUGGCCUCUUCGGACAUGGAAACAACCACAGGUUAAGGAGGAAUGUGAAUCUGUUCUUUUUUAAGAGUUUAGGAUAAGGAUAUGGAACAGUGGACAUUGGUUUUCCCCAAAGCUGGUGGUUUUGUGGAGGGGUAGGUUAUGUUUUGGUGGUGGAUAUUCAUUUGUUUAGUUUUGCACAUCUGUUUUAAUUUAAUAUUUGAAUCUAGAACUGGGAAACAUGUUUUGUAGGCUCGUAUAAAGACCAGGGCCAAAGCCUAUCAUCAGAAUGGAUUCGUGCCAUGAUGAAAAUAAAAUUAUCUUCUUCCUUAAAUACUGCUGAAGACUGAAAUAGGAACUAAGAUUGUUGAUGGCCCCAGACAAUCAUCAUCACUAAGACCCUUCAAGAUCAACAGCACUCCCACAGCUUAGAAGAAAACGAUAGGGAGAAGUUAACCCUGUUUGGUCUGUUUGUUACUUUUUUUUGUUAGGUGAAUUAGAGGAUACUGGUAUUAUGUGGUGAUACCCUUCAGAACAUAUGUGCCAUCUUUUUAAUUCAAAUACGUUAUAAACUGCACUAUCAAAAAUGUCAUUUGCUGAAGUAUUUUUGAAAGAAAUAAACCGAUGGAUAUUGGGAGGACAGAGUCAGGAAUUAGUAGAGUGAUAAGGACCAUGGGUAAGGUGUUUGACAAAGAGUGCUCAAAAUGCCCUGUGUUACCCAUGACUUUUUAAAAGUUAAUUUAAAAUUUACUUUGACAUAUUUUGUACAAGGCUGAGGGUUUUGCCCCUGAGAUGAAGCUCGGUUACGAAAUAGAUAAAAAUCAGCUGGCCCAAAGGUGCAGUGUGACCACCUCUAGUACCUAUUGUCCCAGCUUAAAUCAGGGCCCAAUAACAUUACACAGCAGGUUAGCCAAGAAGGGGGAAUCUUUAAGGGUGAUGCUGGGAGGGAAGAUAUGCACUAAAAUCCAAAUUUAAAAAAAUUUUUAAACCAAGUGAAAAAUUGGAUCCGAAGAAUAUCUAAUGUUCUUAUUUGAUGGUUUAGGGGGAGGAAGAGUGUGGUGAUAGGAGAGUUGGUUAUUGGAGAGAUCAUAUUUUUCUAGUUUUUUGGGGGAAAAAAAAGAGAUAGAAGGCAGAGCCUUGGUUUGCUUGACAAUUUCAUAAAAGUGCUAUUUGGUUUUGGCUAUGGGUUUAGAAAGUUAGGGCACUUUGUUCAAUUUGGGGGGAUUCUGUAUAAAUCCCUGAUUAAAACAAGCAAAAAUGAUGAACAGUAUUGAUUGGAGUACAAGAAAGAUUAGGAUCAACUCAAAAUUAUUUUCUAAAACACCACCAUUUUUUUCCACUAAUGGUUACAGUGGAUUUUCUGGGGUUGCUAACAUAUAAAGUCAGCUUCACCAGCAAAAGUAAACUCUAAACUAGCACAGUCUACUGUAGAGACUUAUUCACACUUCUGAUUCAGUGUUAAUCACACCCAGCUCAUCUUCCCUUGUCAGAUUUAUCAGAUAAAUGUCAGGUUUAUCACAAGAUUUAUUUAAAGUAACAGGCAGUAAUAAAAUGUAGAGAUUUUAAAAAAUAGAUUCUUUUGCAAAUUGAUGUUGAAUGAGGUGGUUGUUAAAUAUUUAUUGUCAGCCACAUUCCAGGCCCUUGUCAGGGGGCUCUAAUCUUCUAGUAAUUUGAUUUUAUGUACCAUGUUCUCAUUAAAUGACAUGGGGCACGUCCUCAUAUGUUGUCCCAAAUUUACUGUGGGAAAAUAUAGACGAGCUUCUGGCAUUGAUUGUUGACGUUUUAGGGAAAUGGAACUAAAAGGGUGUGAUUAUUGGGUGUUUUGUGGUCCCAGACCCCCAGCAGUUGGAUGCUCAUCACUGCUUGUAUCCUACACCCCCUUAGAUAUAAAGAGUGGGUCCCAGCCUGACAGAUGUCCACCAACUGCUGCCUGGCCAGGUGUCACCAGAAAGUCCCUUCCCUCCCCAUGCUGCUGGGGAACUCCCUCCACUCCUUUCCUUUCACAGUCCCCUCUCUCAUCUCCACCCAGGCAGACUUGUCACCUCAACUCAACAGCAGCCUUCAGGGUCUGUGACCACGCAGAGGAAGUAGGAGAGGGGAGACGGAGGUGGGGGAGGGGGAAACCCCUGUCUGCUCCCCUUCCUCAGCCUGCUCCUUCCUCCCACCACCUCUAGGCCUCGACCUCCCCAAACAGAGUCAGGAAAGAACAGGUGGUACCUCCACCCCUACUCCCAGCCAUCAUUCCCACCGAGGGAGGUUGGGAAGGUUUCCCUUAUUUCCUGAGACUCCCUCCACCUCUGAUUGACAAGAGGCAGAGGAGCAGCAAAAAGAAAGGGCAAGCUGAGGGAGGAGGGGAUGGAAAUAACACCCACCCCACUGCCCUGCCCUCCCUCCCCUGCUGCCCCACGCACUUCCCUGGUCUUCCGCCUAGUUCCCAGCUCAGUGAAGGCCCUGCUCGAUUGAAAGCCACAGCAGGCCACAGGCCACUCUCCGUGGCUUGGAACAGCAGCUGAGGGAGGUGGGCCUCUAACUCCCUCCAGUAGGGCCACAGCUGCAAAUGAAAAGUAAAACCAAGUUCCUAAUAUCCCAGAUUUAAAAUCUGGAAAAUGUGAUGAAAAUUUUCUCAUGGAAAUACUGUUAAACAUGGUGAUUAGGGUCUAUAGAGCUGUCAGAUACUUCACAAAUUUAUGAAUUAAAAGCUUUUUGUGGGCUGGCUUGGGCACACUGCUUCCUAUUGGCACUGCUGCUAUGGGACAUGUUUCCAAAAUUCCAAACCCAAAAUUUUGAUCUCAAAACUGACUUUAAACUGAAGUUAUCAUCAUAUAUAUCUUGAACAUGGCCAUUGUUCAUAAGUGUCAGCUGAAGUUACCUUUGAGUUGGAUCCAAAAGGUUAAGACAGAAUUCAGGUGGCUCAGAUAUGGGCAGGGCCAAGUGUCCUCCUUUAUGUUUAAAUUCAGGAAUUACAGGAAAACCUUGUGAUCACAGAGCACCGCCCACUCAUCUCUCCAUUUGGCAUCAUUAUUUCCAAAGUCAUGAUUGCUAAUAAUUUUCACCACUGGCUGUGAAAGCUUAGGAUUUCUAUUGUAACUGCAUGAGGGAAGUGCCAGAGGGGAAGGGAUUUUUUAAAAUAGAGAGUUGAUAUAAAUGUGCUGUUUUAAUUUGACUCUACCAUUAUUUGCACAUAUUGACAUCUAUAUCUAUUGACAUUUACCUUGUGAAAAGUUUUAAUUAUUAGGAGUAUAAUAUUAGCAGAGAGAAAUUUAACCAAAAGUUUUUUUAAUUAAAGUUCAUUCAGAUUCUAAUGACUAAUUGUAGGAUGGCUUUUAUCUGUGUUACAUACAGAAAUAUCAAAGUGUAAUUCUCAACUGAAAUAGAACUAUAACUUCAUUGUGUAAUAACCCAAAAUAAUUAUCUUUAAAGUUAAUCUGUAGCAGAUAAAUACCAUAAUAGAAUAAAUAUGCUGAUACUUUACAAAGGGGAGAGUGGAAAGGAAGGAACUUACUUUAUGACUAAUUGAUCAAAUAAUUGUUAAAAUUUAAAUUCAUUAAUACGUAAGAGCUUUGCUCAUUAUGCAGUCUGUAGGGAUCCGAGUUAAAUUGACCACACAAUGAACUAAACUGCUUAUGAUGAGGGCCUUUUGCAAUUAGAAGGAGGAAAUCUCUUUAGCUAAGUUCCACGACAUACUCUUUUAAACAAAACUCUCACCUGCAAUGUUACAUGAUGAGGCUCUAUGUAAGAUGCAUUUUAUCUGCUUGCAGUAAAAAAUUACUAGACUAAAGAGAAUGGGAAGUAAAGCUGCAUUAGCCACCCCACACACCCAGGACACACACACCUACACGGAGAAAGACUCACGUAAGAGGAGGGAGACUCAAAUAAAGCACACCUUAUUUAAAAUAGUUAGGGCUUGGGCCAGCCCCAGGGGCCUAGUCGUUAAGUUCAGUGCACUCUGCUUUGGUGGCCCAGGUUCAGUUCCUGGGCACAGACCUACACCAUCAUCAGUGGCCAUGCUAUGGCAGCCACCCACAUACAAAAUAGAGGAAGAUUGGCAGCAGAUGUUAGCUCAAGAUGAAUCUUCCUCAGUGAGAAAUAAAAUAAAAUAAAAUUGUUAGAGCUUAGAUUGAUUGCCAGGAUUGCUCAUUGAUAUUCAAGAUAACCCAUGUGAACGAGUCACCCAUUUUUGUGGGCACUAAAUAAUUAUUCAAUACUAUAGAAAAUUUGGGGUAAUUGGACCUCAGUUUUUCCUUAAUGGUAAUUUUUAUGUGGUACUGCCCUCUGCUGGAGUAUAAAAUCUACACACACAUCCUUCAUGGCUUAGCUAAGAGCAGCGUAGGACCAACCUUCUAUUAAUUAUUGGUUGUGUGUUAGAACCCUACGUUAGAACACGUAGUCCCGCUAAAAGGUAGGAAGAGUGCAGUUCUUUUACAAAUUGACAAAGACUAGCAGAAUGAGGCCAGCAUAAUUGAGAUGAGGAUGCCAGUCCCCUGAAGGUGCCCCUCAUUACCUCACCCCGUCAUUCAGAGUUCCAUACUCUGGGAAUUAUUUUUAACACUUGGUAGGACUUUUCCUCCAUGUAGAGUUAGAGUGAGCCAUUUGUGGACAUUUGGUCUCUCUCCCUUUCAGUGUAGUGAUGUUCCGUCUUCACCAUCGUGAGGAACAGUGGCUUUCAUGUAAAAAGGCAGAGGGACUGAGCUCCUUCGUUAUGUGGACAGCAGCCAGAAGCACUAGACUGUCCUCUUUCUCUAAAAUAUGUAAUAUAAACACAUGUUCUUUUAAACACAAUAUUAAUAACUAAAGUCUGGCAGAUUUUCUUUCCCUUUCCUUUCUUUUUUAGAUGAAUAAAUCUGUUUCCUUUAGUUUUAAGCCAAGACUAUCCUCCUUAUAACACUUUUCUAAUUCUGCCCUCCCUGUUCUGUAAUUCUCCUCUCCUUUGGGUUCAUGUUUCUGCUCUGUGUUGCUUAUUUUAGAGCCAUUCACUCAUUUCUCAAAUCAGAUUUCCUCUGUAUGCCCAUGGCCUUCUCUCUCCCAGCUGUGGGCUGACAUCUGCUUCUAUUUUCACUUACACAUGCAGAAACAAUUUGUUGGAUUGUCUUUCAUAUUUAAUGACGCUUUGGCCCUAAUAAUGUUAACACUGUUUUCUGCCCUUGUAACUGAAACAUACAUAACUACAUACGCCAAGGAAAUGAUGAGAAACGUUCACCCUGUUUGCUCCAUGAUUUCCUAUUGGGAAUUCAAACUCCACCUUCUGAACCCCGCGCACUUGGUCAUAAAUGGACAGGGGCAAGUCUUGCUUCCCUUGUGUUUAGAGAGGAUCAUGGCCAUGAGGCUAAGCCAUGUGCUGGGCCUGCUGGAGCCUCUGGGCGAGUGGGUACCACCCCUGGUGGUCCUCACCACCUAGAGGAAAACUCACAGCAGAGGAAAGCCUGUUCUCUUUCUUCCUGUGGCCGUGUUUAGCUGAGGAUGCCUCCUAGAAGUCAACUCCACAGUUGAAUUGAAGAGAUCAAAGCAGCCGACAGUGCAACUCGAAAUGAUUGAGUUUAUCAGCCCUCUUGGAAAUGUAUCAGGGUAGCUUCUCAUGACUUGCAGAACUGAGCCAUGCUCUUCUGUUUUAUGUGACAGCCAGUGACCAUUUUCCUUUGAGGCAGGUCCUCGGAAGCUUCAUGGAGGACAUUUCUUCAGCUGAUGAAGGCAAUACUUUUUUUUUUUUUUUUUGGUGAGGAAGAUUAGCCCUGAGCUAACAUCUGUUGCCAAUCCUUCUCUUUUUGCUGAGGAAGAUUGGCCCUGGGCUAACAUCUGUGCCUAUCUUCCUCUACUUUAUAUGUGGGACGCCUGCCACAGCAUGGCUUGAUAAGCAGUACAUAGGUCCAUGCCCAGGAUCCGAACCCAUGAACCCCAGGCUACUGAAGCAGAGCGCAUGUACUUAACCAUGCCACCAGACCAGCCCCAAGGCAAUGCUCUUAAAUGACUGAGUUUUUGUGAUAUUCUAUGUUUAUAUAUCUUUGUGCUGUACUUUUUAAGCUGUCUUCAUUUUGAUCUCCUGUAUGACUUUAUAUUUUUCUUAUAAAUAAAUAAAGAUUAUUUUUAA